UAAAGUUCACCAGGGUCACGUCCACAGGUCUACGUGGACUUGUGAAAUGCGGAUGAUUCAAAUACCGCUCAGAUCCGACAGGGACGCGUAAAAUCUACCCGAUUGGCCAGGAUGGAAGUCCUGAAUCCUCCCGAAAACAUUCUAUACGAGCUCCUUCUCAGGGCAGAGUGGAAAAAGACACUAGAACCACCAAAACAGGAUGAAGUUUUGGUAUCCAGAUAUAUUCCUGAGCUGCUGGCACUUGGACCAGUCGGUUUAUCAGUUGCAGUAUUCAAGAAACUUGGAUCCUUAAUAUGGCGAGGAGACUUGCAUGGUCUGCCAGCACCUCUGGUCCAGUUCAAAGAUGCCCUAAUGGAUUGGGAUCUGCAGGUGUCCAGAGACAGGCAACUUGUUGCUGUACUACAAGACCAUAUGAUUGAAAUAAGGUCUUCACGAGAUGACUUCAGCACUGCUGUUGCAAAAUGCACAGUUGGAUCAGAUCCCCACCCCCAGUGGCGUAAGCUGUGCUGGAGUCCUGAUGGAGUCAUGCUGGUGUAUGCUGACAGCUGUGGGAGUGUGCAGGGACAUGAUGUCAUGGGGGCAAUGCUCUUCAACAUUCCUCAGGAAAGAUCUAAACAGAACGGACCAACAGACCUGAGAAAAGCUGUUUCAGGCAUGGCCUUCCUCCCUGCAAAGGAUGACCCAUCUUGGUCCUAUGAACUGCUUGUGAUGAACUACAAAGGAAAACUGACUAGUUAUCUUGUAAGUAACACCAAGGGUUACAUGGAGCAGCACAGCCAUUACCUUGUGGAUGUGUACGGGGGCUGGGCGGGAGAUAUCCUGUACCACCCGCAGCACAGUCUACUUCUGCUAGGGGGCAGCGCUAACUUCAUAGGUGGGUCAGUCUCCCCUGAUGAAGACAAUACUGCUGAAGCAGCAGGGGUGACCAGUUGGAGGCUGCUGUCUGGAUACCCUCACUAUGCUAGGGCAGAGACAUGGACAGCAGAGGGACAAAAGGAAAAGACAAGAAGUCUGGCAUCCUUGACUCAAUUGAAAGUGGUUGGGCUGUUCAAGAGAGGUCCACAGGAUGGAGUUGUGCAGAUGCACCUAUCACCUGAUGGACAGCUGCUGGUCACAGUGCACCUGUCAGGACAGCUGUGUCUGUGGCAGCUGCCAUCCCUGCGCAUACACAAGUGCUGGCACCUGGAGCAGCAGCCUGGCUGUGACUUGGCCAACCCAAACCAGGGGGGAACCUUGGCAAGGAGAAGUAAAGGUGUCUGCUCACUCUUCCCCCUGAGUGAUGUAAACUGGUGGUCUGACCAGGCCCUGAUCAUGGCGCGCCAGUCAGGGGCUAUCACCGUCUCCUCCACGGAGAGUCUGGACAACCUGCUGGGAGAGUCGCCCGAGUGGUUCGAGCCGGGACCACAGGUGUCUGCUGCUGUGGACGGAGAGUUCCUGGCACUAGAGGUUGAAAGGACAGAGAAGAAGCCAGAGCGCAGUGCAGGGGAGGGGGCAGAUGAUGAUGAUGAUGAUGAUGAAGACACAUCCAGAUUUAUCCAAGCAGCACAGAUUGUCAAGCAGGUGGUCAUUGGAUUGGCUAAAGGUGGCAGAAUUUCCCUGCCAAGAAAGAAACCCAGGGCUGUGCACUUCAGCUACUGUCUGAUGAGCUUAAGAUCAACAACCCCAGAAGAGCUCUUUGAACGAAAGCUUGAGAAUGAGGAGUAUGGAGAAGCGCUGAGCCUGGCCAAAGCGUACGGACUGGACAGCAAUCUUGUGUAUCAGAAACAGUGGCACAAACAUCCUGUUUCAAUAUCCAGUAUACAAGACUACUUGACUAAGAUACAGAAGAGGAGAUGGGUACUGCAUGAGUGUUUGGAACGUGUGCCGGAGGACAUAGAUGCUGCCAGGGAACUGUUGGAGUACGGACUCAGCAGGUCGGAUGUGGACACACUACUCACCCUGGAUGGAACGGAUGGUGUCAAGAAACCAGAAGAAGGCACAGAGGCAUGGGGCAGCCUGGAGAAUGCUGAUCAGAGUGAGUCUGACGAACAGGCUCGUAAGGAAGCCAUGCUGGAGAAGGUGGACUUUAGCAAACUGAACUAUGAACAGAGCGACCUUUGUCGGGUACGACAAAAGAUCCUGGCGUACUUAGACCGGCUCUUCACGUAUGAGGAAAUUCUUGGUGGAGGUGAGCAGGCAGCAGAGAGGUACAACAGUCAGUACUUCAGUGUGUUCCGCCAACAGAACAUUGUGGAGUUAGCCCUGGACAUGGCCAGGAAAAAUGAAUGGCAAUCAGUAGAGAUACUGUUUGCAAAUCAUCAUGAGGAACUGCUGCCACACAGGCUUGCUAUCCUGUCCAACUUUCCAGAAACUACAAGUCCUUUUGAAUAUCAAACCCUUCUGCCAGUAGCAAGUGUGGAGGAAACUCAGGCGAUGUUGGAAGAGUGGAAGGAAAACCAACCACGGGAAAGAGAUUGGUGUGAGGAGGUACCAUGCAGAAAUGCAGUGGAACCUUUGGUUGUGGAUCCAGGGGCAUUUCUGUAUGAAAACAACACACAGAUGGAAAAGUUCAGGGUGGCCUUGCCUGAUGAGAAGCUGGUGUCCCAGUGGUACCAGGAGAGAGCCAUGUCCAUAGAGGCCUUGUCUCAUCAGGUGGACAAUGCCUUGGAGCUAGUGCGACUUGGGAUGGAGAGGGAUGUCCAAGGCUUACAGCUUCUCCAUGAUGACCUGGUUACCCUGGAGAUGCUGGUGUACGAAUGCCAACCAGAUUCCAUAGUUGACCUUCAGAAGUUCCAGAAGCUUCCUGACCUUGAAAGACUACAGCUGCUCAUGGCACAGUCCAGUGCGGAUGACUACAUGAAGAAUAUAAGGCACCGAGCGUUGCCCUUCCUCCAGCGCUGUGAUGCUAAGAAACCCAACAGUGGUACCAAACUACUUCAGGACUACAUGGUGAUGAUUGCAAAAGAUGAUCUAUCACUGGUGGUAAAAAUUUUCCAGAGUUCCAGGCCUGAGGAGGCUGUGCCCAUUAUUUCUGAGGUUGACCAGCUCAUGUCCCUAGCUCUGGACUGUAUUUAUACAUGUGAGAGCAGUAAACAACUGUCACAUGCCUUUGCCAUAUUGGAGUGUCUUCCACAGAGGGGUUUUGGAAAUGAGACAGAGAAGACAGCUGGACUACAUGAUGAUGUUGACAAGCUAGAAGCCCAUCUCAGUGCUGCAGAGGUACUACAGAAACAUGGAGUGUUAAAACCUGUCUUCAACAUCAGAGAGACUCAGGAUGACAAAGACUGUGCCAGAAAACUGUUUGUUCAACUGACGAAGCAGAUUGCCAACAAGAAGCAGCCCCUGAGUAAGGGAGAAUGUCAGGAGGUUCUACGGGAUAUUUUAGACCUACAGAAGAAGGUUUAUCAUUGCCUAGAUGCUUCACUGUGCUAUGAGUUCGUCUAUGUGAAGACAAGCUGACUCUGAUCUCAAAAGUCCUUGACAGUGACUGUAACUCUUACAAGCAGUCUGGAAAGUUGCUAGAGCUGGGAGAUCUCCUAAUGAUUCACGCCAAAAGUAAAGAAGAAAGAACUGGCAAGAUUCUUACUCUUGCUGCAGAGACAGCACUCAAGAAAGCUGACUACUCACACACCUGCAGGAUGUGUCUGCAGCUGAAGUCCCUGGGGUAUGCACCUGGCUGGCAGGUGUGUCAGCAGCUGGCCACCAAUAACAACUUCACAGACUACAGAGCAAGGAUGGAACUGUUAUCCUUCUCCCUGACUCACUGCCAACCAGACCAAAUCUCCUCUGUCCUCAAAGUUAGGAACCAGAUCAUGCUUCAGAACAUGGUCUUCAACAGUGAAGAACUGUCAGAAACAGACAAGGAACUACCAGGUAGCCAGGAAUGGAUGGAGGCAAUACAGCAGCGCCUGCAGCAACGAGUCAAACUGCUAGGGGGCGAUGACAUCCCUAUUGCUUCAGCACCCAUCCAGCAUCAAAAGGUUCAGCCCUUCUAUGCCACGGUUGUUCCCAGCACAGAGAAAAACAAGGAGGUGUCGUCAAGUUUCUACACGGCUCCUGAGAGAGCGGCCACAGGAGAGCCAGAGUGGAGACUGUUACGCAGCAUUAUCCUGUACCACAUGGCAAACCUGCACACACAGGCAUCUGUGGACGUUCAUGCCCCCCUAGGACUGGCCAUUGCUUCAGCCCAAGAUGACAUCGCUGUGAUGUUGGCACACUUACUUACUGCACAAGAGGUUGAACAGGCAGAGAAGUGCCUGAAGCGUCUGCCCCAGUCUGCCAUCACCCUGCAGCUGGCUGCCUACUACUACGCUGUCUUACUCUUCACCAGACAACAACCCACCAUCACUACUGACACGGUCAACCCCUGCUACCUGUACCCUCCAAAAUGGUUGAUCAAGGCUACAUUGAAGGUAAACUCCCAGCUGUGCACCUCAGAAGACAGCAAACUGUCAGUGGAAAGAGUGUCUGAGUGGAUCAGCCUUCUGCAAGACUUCACACAAGUGUCCAUGCUGAAGAACCUGGGCAAAGGGGUUGAUGUUUCAAGGUUUUUAUCUGAUGAAGAGUACAAGAGAGAGACCAUCCUUGGGCUGGCAAUGACACUGGACCUGUCUGUGUUGGAGGCAGCUGUAUCUAUGGCAACCCAGUACAGAAUACCAGUAUGGGAGGUUCACAUGGCUUAUCUGGAGUUCCUCUUCACUGACAGCCAAUUGCCAGUGAAAAGUGUUGAGGAGAAACUGCAGGAGACAGACACGCUGUCUGUCCUGGCAUCAUCCCCUAACGAGAUGGCCCAGCGUAUGGAGGAAAGUGUUUACCCCAGCCUGGCUGGCACAGACCACGGCACACUCAUGUACUACUUCCAGGUCAUGGCAGGCAGCGGCACAUCUCUGGAGCCCUGUGGGCUGAAACCUUCCAUCCAUACCUCUCUUCUCAGGAAGAUUAAACCAGCUGCUCCAGGUCUCGACUACAAACAGCUGUUUGAAGGCACAGAUGAUCCCCUGGAUGUGUUGAGGAGUGUUGUGACAAGCAGCAAUGUACAUGUGCUUGCCAAGUUGGCCAAUAAGAUUCCAGCAAAGGAGGGAGGUUUUCUGGAGUCCUCUGAGGUCUAUCGUACCUUCCUGCUUUCCUUCUUCUGGAAUGAGGAGGCCCUAAACUCUGACUUGCUGAAUGACAAGGAGGAGUGUUCAGAGAGGUACUCUGCCUGUAGUGAAUUCUUGCCCCGACUGAUGCCCUCCGACAUCAUGACCUUCACAGACAACGUGGUGUUCCACUCACAAGCACCUGUCAAGAUGCAUGUAGAAAGCCGUAUUGCCAUUAUCAAAGAUGUGAUGGACUUCACCAGUAAAUCUUCAAGCAAGCAGAAAGAUACCAAAAAGCAGGACAACACCACACUAGCAGAUGUCACAGACUGGCUGGAGAAAUCCCUGCAGCAUCUACAGACAUUAAGAGAUGACGUCAUUGUCGGUCUGCGGGAAAGUUCAGAGGGUAGGGAAAGAAGUUAUGCUAUGGUCUAUGAUCUCAGCCAAGGGGAAACAGACAAGAUAAGAGCCCUUGUGGUAAAAAUGUUGAUAGAUGGCACCCCUCUAGACACAGUGGACAGGGUCCUCAGUCUGGGCAGGGUCCAGGGCUUCACUGUUGACCAUGCAGCCAAGCAGGCUCUCAGGGAGAUCCUAAAGCACAUCAGAGAGGGGGGGACAGCUCACCCAGAUUCAACCUCACAGCUGGUGACUUUCUUGACAAAUGUACGAGACUGUACACAAAAUGGAGAAGACAUUGUGUCAGUGAAAGAACUGCUGCCACUAGUCCACGACUUCUGUGCAGACAUGUCAGUCAGCAGCGACAAACAGCUCAACGUGGUCAAAUUAGUACAACAGCACCUUGAAGUAGAGGUAGAGGACAAACAGAUACUGCUGUUCUGUCACACCAACGCCAUGGCAACACAGAACUGGGGUCUGCAGAUCCAGCGACAGGACAUGGCUGAUGACUCUGCAAGACAAACAUUGUACCGGACCCUCCUGGACAAAAGCAGCUCAGUGGAACAGUUCCAGGCCUUGGUUACAAUACUAUGCAUGUGGCCUAAACUGCCAUCCAGCUCUGCAAGUGAGCCCGAAAACAACAGUUGGGUGCAGGUGCUGUCAGCACGGAUACGCUGCUAUUCCCAAGGAGACCAGCUUGAUGCUGACCUGGAGAAGGAUGUCUGCUGUCUGAUCAGCACAAUGGACAGCACAAGACAGCUGUUCAACAAAGAGUGUACAGAACACCUGACUGAGCUGUUGGUGGGAGUGAACAGGACAGCUGCUGCUGCUAAGGUCACCUUGCUGUCUCCAUAUGAACAGCUGUACCCAGGUGCUGUGGCACUGCUGACAAAGUCUUAUUCACAGGAUGAGGCAACUGUGGACAGAGAGGCAUUAGAAUUACUCCUGUCCCGACAUCUGGCAGCACAAGUGGUGGAGACCCCACUUUAUAGGGCAUUGCUAGACUACGUACUAGAGUGUGGUGUGGCAGACACAGUACAGGAGAUGGCACAGCAACUCGCAGCAGCUGGGUAUUCUGCUGAGGCAGGAAGUCUCACAACAUCUUCUCAAAUGUCUCAUCCAACCUUACGGGUCCUGGACACAGCUUUCCAUUAUGUACAGCAACUAUGGAAAUAAUGCUAAUUUACUGUUGAAAAUAUAGGAAAUACCUGUCAAGUCAAGAAGUAUCAUAUCAUUAUAGAUAGGGUAUGUGAAUGAGCUAAUUUCAUUAAAAUUUUGAUAGCACAAGAGCACCAACUUAAUGAUUUAGUUCGAUUGUGCAAUUAUUCUUGCUUGAAAUAUUGAAUGACUUCAUAAAUACCUUAUUUGUGCCAAGAGAAAUGUACAUUGUACAAGGUGCUGUAUAUAAAUUGGGUCUGCACUCUUGGUUUUAUCGUAGCUAUGAAAUAAAGUAAAUGAAUACAGUUACAGGACAAUGCCAGGAAAAAGCAUUUAUACACAGCCUAAUGUAUUUAGUUCAUGAAUAAUAUCUGUCACUGCACAAGCAACUGCAUACAUGUAUUGAGUCUCAUGGUGAGCACAGUGCUAGUCUGAUCUUGAAGUGUUGCAAGUCCAAGUAAAUUAAAUUUGAAA